UCGCCCCAUUAAUCAAUGAAGUUCUCUAUGUUUGACCAGUAUGUGUGUAAUUGUAUUUUAACUAUAUCACCCUUUGUGUUGUCAAAUUUUAUUUACCAUUAUAUUUUCCACACAGAAGCGGUAACUAAUGCAUCUGGGCCACUUCUUAUUGAGGUAUCUAAAGUCCCGGGUGCUGAGUUGGGGAUUACUAUGGCCAAGUCGACUUAUAGAAAGAAACCUGUCAUUUGCAUUGAUCGUGUUAAGCCUGCAAGUAUUUCUGACAGAUGCGGAGCACUUCACAUCGGCGAUCACAUUCUAUCCAUUGAUAACAUCUCCAUGGCGACAUCUAGUGUCCGAGAAGCCUCCGAUCUUCUUCAAUCUUCAUCCGAUCAAGUCAAACUUGAGAUUCUUCCCGUUUCCCAUCUCUCCAUCGCUGCCACACCUUUCUCUCAGAAUCGGUUCACCCCCCUUAUAUCGAGCGCUCAAUCGUUAUCUGCGUUAAACACACAUCGAUUCAGACAGCCACACGGGGGCACUUUAACUAGUUACGGUCGAGCGAGCAGCCGGAUGAAUCGGAAACGAAUGCAACGACCGAAAUAUGCAGCAAGCGCUAUUUAUCCCGAGAUUUCACCCGCGCAAGAACGACUACUCAACGUAUAUGGAACACUUAAAAGUGAAAUGAGGAUGUCCCUGGCAUCCACAGACUUCCUCAGCAACAACCAAGUUGUCCACACGGAGGUCACCGAGGUUCAACUUCUCACCUCUGAUGACAUCACAGACCCUAUGACAUCAUCAGCACUCCCAAACUUCGGCAUCCAGCUCCAGGGAGGCAUCUUCUCCACUGAGCUCCUCACUUCUCCUCCGUUCAUCAAUUUCAUUGAACCUGAUCGUCCAGCUGAUAGAUCGGGUGUAUUACAAAGUGGAGAUCGAUUGCUGACGGUGAAUGGUUAUCAGUGUGAGGAUUGUACUUUGGAUGAAGUUACGCAGAUGUUAUCCGAUGCUUAUUUAUCUGGGAUGGUGGUGAUAGAGGUUGAGUUUGACGUAGCAGAGUCAGUUGUUCCAAGCAGUGGAACCUUCCAUGCAAAGUUACCCAAGAGAAGGGGGGUGGACCUUGGUAUUGUGGUGGGGGCUUCCAGUGACGGGCAAGACUCACUCAUGAUUCUAGAAGUUCGGCGAGGAUCGGUAGCUCAUCGAACAGGGACGUUAGAGGCGGGGGAUCGGUUACUUGCGAUAGAUGGGGUGAGGUUGGACGGGGUCUCAUCGGAAGAUGCUCACGCGCUCCUCGCAAGUGCAGAGGAUGUUGUGAGACUCAAGAUAAGGAAGGAUGAAGAUAAUUCAGAGGAUGGCGACAGUAGUUCCAUCUCGUACACUGUGGAGUUAAAGAGACACGGGGGUCCGCUUGGUAUCACGAUAUCGGGAACCGAGGAAACAUUUGAUCCGAUUAUUAUUUCGGGGCUGACACCAGGGGGCCUCGCUGACAGAACUGGUGCAAUUCAUGAAGGCGAUAAAAUCUUAUCGAUAAACAACGUUUCUCUUCGUGCCAAACCCCUAAGCGAUGCCAUUGACUUGUUACAAAACGCUGGCGAAAGCGUUGUGCUAAAAAUAAAACGUCAAAUCAGUGAAAAACCUCGCAAGCCUUCGUUUGCUACAAGCACCAUCAACAGAAACCCCUCUAUGAAUGAACCAAUAACAGAACUAAGCGACCCCGAAGAUGACAUUUUACCCCCACCCAUGGGACCCCUACCUGACCACACUCCUACAGAUCGUACCUCAACCCCUAAAACCCCCUCGGAGCCCCCGGAACCCUUGUUGAAGGGUCGUGGGGUGCGACCAGGUCCAGCAGGGGCAGCAAGUGUGGAUAGUGCGGUUGAUUCGUGGGGUGAUGGAAGCGAUGCUUAUAGAACGAGGAGUAGCACAGGAAGCCACCAACAGAGCAACCUCUCCCCCAACCUUCAUGAUCAUCUUCCAACUUCCACUCCAACAUCCGGACACAGCUCCACGAGGAGCAGGGAGCAAAAGAAAAUGGAUUCAAACCUACGGCACUUUGAUAAGAUGAGAUCCAAGUUUGAACCCGGUGCCCCCCGUACUUACUCAGAUACUUGGGGAACAAGAGCUCACAUCAGAUCAAGAACCAAUAGAUCACCAGAGAGAAGACACCCACCAUCCACAGCUCCAGUAGCUGAUUGGCAGCGAGCUUUGGAAGAUUUGAAGUCAGUUGGUCAAUCCACUGGUUACCUGCAUGAUCUUGAGUCGAAACUAACAAUCGGAAGUGAGCCUCGUGGUCGCCACCAAGUGUUCAACCAUCGACGACAAGCGAGUGCGAAGAACACAGUGUCACCAAGCGUGCCUCUCCAGUUCCACCGUUUGACUUUAUUUAAAGAAAACAUGAAUGAAGAUUUUGGUUUUUCUCUUUCCGACGGUCAAAUUGAACCCGGCGUGUUCGUGCAUACCGUGCGUCCUGGUGGGCCAGCGCACAGAUGUGGCGUGCUUCCUUAUGAUCGACUUUUACAGGUGAACAGUACUAACCUCCAUGAUUCUGAUUGUUCACGAGCGAUCCCUAUCAUAUCAUCAUCACGUGACAGACUGGAUGUCCUUGUAUCACGCUACCAUGGUAACACAGGUGGCAUGGCAACGCACCCUCUACUGUCACCUCCUGUUCAUUUGUCCCCACAUAUGCGACAAAAUGACGUUUUUCCAACAAUGUGAUUGUUUUAAAUGAAACUAAAAUGAAAAUUUUUGAAUUUAGAAAUAUGUUUGAAUUUGAAUAUAAAAAUAUAUUUAAAUUUGAAUACAUAAUUAUAUUUAAAUUAAGUGUAUAAAUAUAUUUAAAGCCAAACAUUCGAAACGUUUAUUGCAUAAACCUCAAACCCUCAUUACCACACAAAGCUUAGAAGUUGUGUAAUGGUUUUAAAAUAUGAAAAACUUUUGCAAAUCUUUUCUAUAAAAUAUGUAGUGGGAUAAAAAUGCAUAAAACAAUUCUUUUGGGUACAUUUUUUAAUUAAUUUCCCUAAUUAUUUUUGAUGCAGUAUUUUGCAUAGGAUUUCUAUAGAAACAAAAUGUGCUAAAGUACUUAAAACAUUUUUUAUCUAAAAUAAUUAACCUUAAUCUAAGCUACCACAUUCAUUCUGUUUCUUAAUUUGGUAAAAAUCUUGUUUUUUUAAUUUAAGGAUAUUUUCUUGUUAGGAAACCUACAGAACUACUGUUUACAUAGUAUUACUGUUUUGUUUAUAUUAAUACAGCUGCUACUACUGUUUGAUGCAGCAUAAAACUAACACAGUUACUAUUCACUACAUUUUGCCUUUUUUCUUUGUUACUGAUGUCUCUCUUUUUGACUUCUCCUUCAUUUUGAAUGAAAUGUUAUAACAUUUUUACGUAUUAUAUGUACAAGGUUAUAGAGGAUAACUAGGUCCAAUUUCAAGUGCCUUAUAACUACCAAAGGUGGGACUUGAACUCUGUAUACUCAGCCUUUAGCAUUCACUACCUCAGCAAUGGAAUUGGAAACUAAAAUCGUGUGGUUUAUUUUAUCUCAUUGUAAUAUUUUGUUAGCGUGCAGUUAAAAGUAAAUAAUAGAAGAUGGAAACUGGUU